CGCCUCUGCCGCGCCGCUGACACCGUGGACGCCACCGAUCUCCGAGCCGGUCUCGGAGGGGCGGGCAGAUUUGUUUUUGGAGCUGCCAUGAUUGAAGUGGUGGCUGAACUGAGUCGAGGUCCUGUAUUUCUGGCUGGGGAGGCUCUGGAAUGUUUAGUGACUGUCACUAAUCCCCUGCCCCCGACCGCCACUUCUGCAUCCAGUGAGGCUCUGGCCUGGGCCAGUGCCCAGAUCCACUGCCAGUUCCAUGCCAGUGAGAGUCGAGUAGCCCUACCACCCCCGGACUCUAGUCAGCCAGAUGUCCAGCCUGACAGCCAGACUGUCUUUCUGCCACACCGAGGUGAGAGGGGUCAGUGUAUCCUUUCUACUCCACCAAAAAUUCUGUUUUGUGACUUGAGGCUAGACCCUGGCGAAUCCAAAUCAUACUCCUACAGCGAAGUGCUGCCCACAGAGGGACCACCUUCCUUUCGGGGUCAGUCAGUCAAGUACGUCUACAAAUUGACCAUUGGCUGCCAGCGUGUCAACUCGCCCAUCACUUUACUCCGGGUCCCUUUGAGAGUUCUUGUGCUGACUGGUCUUCAGGAUGUCCACUUUCCCCAGGAUGAGGCGGUGGCUCCAACCAGUCCCUUCUUAGAGGAGGACGAAAGCGGCAAGAAGGAUUCAUGGCUAGCCGAGCUGGCUGGGGAGCGCCUCAUGGCUGCCACCUCCUGCCGCAGCCUCCAUCUAUACAAUAUCAGUGAUGGCCAAGGGAAAGUUGGGACAUUUGGUAUCUUCAAAUCUGUGUACAGACUCGGCGAGGAUGUGGUGGGGACCUUAAACUUAGGGGAAGGAACUGUAGCCUGUUUGCAGUUUUCAGUAAGCUUGCAGACUGAGGAGCGUGUACAGCCUGAAUACCAGCGGCGCCGGGGGACAGGUGUUGCCCCUUCGGUGUCCCACGUGACGCACGCCCGGCACCAGGAGUCCUGCCUCCAUACAACUAGAACCAGCUUCUCCCUCCCCAUCCCUCUUUGCUCUACCCCUGGCUUCUGCACUGCCAUCGUGUCCUUGAAGUGGCGACUGCAUUUUGAGUUUGUAACAUCCCGGGAACCAGGAUUGGUUCUUCUGCCCCCAUUGGAGCAGCCUGAACCUGCGACCUGGACGGGGCCUGAGCAGGUGCCUGUAGACACCUUCAGCUGGGACCUCCCCAUCAAAGUGCUUCCUACGAGCCCCACCCUGGUCUCAUAUGCUGCCCCAGGCCCCAGCACCAGCAGUAUAACUAUCUGAAGGUGGCCCAUAUGCCCACCAUGGCACUAGUUUCUUCAAGACAUUGAAAACUCAACAGCUGGAUCCGGUGGGGCCCGCUUUUCCCACCUGGGGCCCUGCGGCACAGCGAUGAGAACCAGGCUUUCAGCUGUGGCAUUGAUUUAUUUAUUCAGAGUAAACGGGCAGCUGCUAGUGGUUUCCCUGGGUGUGGCAGCAGCAAUGGGCAGUCAGCAGAUGGGUGAUCCUUUAGCUGGAGUGAGGAGCAGGAGCUCUAGGAACAGGGGUGUUAGCUGAGCCCCAUUCUAGGUCGGGUCCUCCCCCUUUGCAGGGCAGCCGAGGGUCAGAUUUUUGCACCAGAGAAAACCGACAGGUUCCUGCUUCCUGGCGCACUUCACACUCAGCGGGGAAGUCAAUGGGAUGCUGAGACCUAGAAAACCAAAGAUUGGGAGUCGGUACAGUGAAAAGCCACCUUUAUGGAGUGCCCUCCCCUCUCAUAGUUGUCCCCCGGUAUCUUCUAAUGUCCCCCAAACUCUGCAGCUCAGCUCUCUAUAUAAGGACUUUUUAGUUUCCUAAGCAGGAGGAUUUCCCUCCAGAUCUACCUCAACUCCCCUUCCUCCUUGGUGCCUUCACCUCUGUGGUCGCAUGAUGCUCUCCUGUUUAUUCUUGCCUCAGAGAACUUAGUUCCUCCCCGACCGUCCUCCCUCUGGGUCACUUACG